AGCAAGGAAAUACAAACAAAACAUAAACAAUCACUGCAAUGGAACCGAUUUAUUGGACGAAAAGCGAACGUUUCUUGUAAAUUAAAUUAAAUCACACGAAGUAGAAUGGAAUUUUGCCUUGCACGAGAUGGUAUACUUAAAACGGAAGGACCAGAAAAUAAUCCUGUAUCAUUUUCCUUAACUUCUGCUCCACCAAUCGAUUUCGCGAUUCAAGGCGUAGAUCAGAUUUGUGAUGAGGAAUUCACACAGAGAAGUGAUCCUCAUAAAAACGUCUUAGUACAUAAUGGGAAACAGGUGUAUAGUUGCGAGAUUUGCGGAGAUCAAUUUUCAUUGAAGAACGCCCUAAAUAAGCACACGAUCGUUCAUAUUAAACACCAACAAUUAGAGUGUAAUGUCUGUGGCAAAGAAUUUCGGUCUAAUCAGCGAUUGAAGGACCACACAAAUUUACACACAGGAGAGCGUCCGUACAAGUGCGCUAAAUGCGAAAAAAAUUUUUCGUCUAAAAUAAUUCUUGUUCAACACAUGCACAUUCACACAAGCCAGCGUUCGUACAAAUGCAUUGUAUGCGGAAAAGAAUUUACCAUUAAGGCUUAUCUAACUAAACAUAUGUCGAUUCACCAGAGUGAGUACAGGUAUAAGUGCGACGUGUGUGGCAAAGGCUUUAAUCAUGGUACUAGCCUCACGAAACACAAACGCAUACAUACGAACGAGAAGUUCAAAUGUACCAUAUGCGAGAAAGAUUUUACCACUAAGUACUAUCUCAGCAGACACAUAAAUAUUCAUGUGGAUGACUACGAUCACAAGUGUGAAGUGUGCGGCAAAGGAUUCAUCGCCAAAUCGCUUUUGAAAGACCACGAACAUAGUCACACAGGUGAACAGCCUUACAAAUGCACUGUAUGUGGAAAAGACUUUCAUGGUAAAAUAAAUCUUGCAUUACACAUGCAUCUUCACACAAGUGAACGACCGUACAAAUGCACCGUGUGUGGAAAAGAUUUCACCAUUAUGGCUUACCUAUCGAAACACAUGCUUAUUCACACGGAUGAUUAUAGGCAUGAGUGUGAAGUGUGUGGCAAAGGAUUUGUGACCAGAUCACUCCUGAAAGACCACGAACGCUGCCAUACAGGAGAGCGACCGUACAAAUGCACUGUAUGUGGAAAAGAUUUCGCGAUUCAGUCUUACCUAUCCAGACACAUGUUUAUUCACGAAAGUGACUACAGGUACAAGUGUGAAGUGUGUGGUAAAGGCAUUAAUGAUGGUUCAAGCUUCGCAAAACACAAACGUCUUCAUACGAACGAGAAACACAAAUGCACCAUAUGCGGAAAAGAUUUUACCACCAAAAGUUACCUAAGCGAACACAUGCUUAGCCACACGGGUAAUUACAAGCAUAAAUGUGACGUGUGUGGCAAAGGAUUCACAAAAAGAAUAUUGCUGAAAGAUCACAAACACAGUCAUACAGGUCUGCGACCGUACAAAUGCAAUGUGUGCGACAAAGAUUUUUCCGGUAAAAUAAAUCUUGCUCUACACAUGCGCUUUCACGCAAGCGAGCGACCUUACAAAUGCGCCGUUUGUGGGAAAGGUUUUGUCAUUAAGUCUUUCCUAUCCAGACAUAUGUCUAUUCAUGAAAGUGGCUACAAACAUAAGUGUGAGGUAUGUGGCCAAGAAUUCGAAACUAGCUUACUUUUGAAAGACCAUGACCACAAUGUAAUCGGCAUUACAAACGCAAUGUUACCUAGUGUAUGAAUAAUCGAGGCG